GCUUCCGACAGCCGAGGAAGACUUUCCGGUCGUCCCUUCCGGGGCGGGACUUCCUGUCCAUCACUGAUAGGCGCAGGGCCGCAGAGCAGGCUCCGCCCCCGGCGUCUCGUGGCCAUGACGACCGCUCCGCGGGAUUCCCUGGUGUGGAAGCUUGCUGGUCUGCUGCGGGAGUCCGGGGACGUGGUCCUAUCUGGCUGUAGCACACUGAGCCUGCCCACUGCCACAUUGCAGCAGCUGAACCAUGUGUUUGAGCUGCACCUGGGGCCAUGGGGCCCUGGCCAGACAGGCUUUGUGGCUCUGCCCUCCCACCCUGCUGACUCUCCUAUCAUCCUCCAGCUUCAGUUCCUCUUCGACGUGCUGCAGAAAACAGUCUCCCUCAAGCUGGUCCAUGUUCCUGGUUCUGGCCUCCCAGGGCCCAUCAAUAUUUUUCCCUUCAAGUCCCUCCGACACCUGGAGCUCCGAGGUGUCCCCCUUCACUGCCUGCGUGGCCUCCGUAGCAUCUACUCCCAGUUAGAGACCUUGAUUUGCAGCAGGAGCAUCCAGGCAUUGGAGGAGCUCCUCUCAGCCUGCGGUGGAGACCUCUGCUCUGCCUUGCCCUGGCUGGCUCUGCUUUCUGCUGACUUCAGCUACAACGCGUUGACCGCUUUAGACAGAUCCCUGCAUCUCUUGUCAGCCCUGCGCUUCCUGAACCUGAGCCACAAUCAAGUCCAGGACUGUGCGGGCUUCCUGCUGGAUCUGUCUGAGCUGUGCCACCUGGACAUCUCCUAUAACUGCCUGCGUUUGGUGCCAAGAGUGGGACCCUCUGGGGCUGCUCUGGGGGUCCUGAUACUGCGAGGCAAUGAGCUUUGUAACCUGCAUGGCCUGGAGCAGCUGAGGAACCUGCGUCACCUGGAUGUGGCGUACAACCUGCUGGAAGUGCACAGGGAGCUGUCUCCGCUGUGGCAGCUGGCUGAACUCCGCCAGCUCUACCUGGAGGGGAACCCUUUGUGGUUCCACCCUGCGCACCGAGCGGCCACCGCCCAGUACUUGUCACCACGUGUCAGGGAUGCUGCUCCCAGUUUCCUUCUUGAUGGCAAGGUCUUAUCACCGAUGGAUUUUCAGACCCCUGCAUGCUUGGGGCUUGGCCCUGUGGCCCCACCUCAACCCUGGCCAGUAGGGAAUACCACCGAAACCUCGGGUGGCCCCGACCUGAGUGACAGCCUAUCUUCAGGGGGUAUUGUGGCCCAGCCCCCGCUCCCUAAGGUUAAGAGCCGAGUCCGUGUAAGGCGGGCAAGCAUCUCAGAACCCAGUGACACAGACCCUGAGCCCCGGACUCUGGAUCCCUCCCCGGCUGGGUUGUUCUUGCAGCAGCAGCGGGAGCUGGAGCUCAUGAAUAGCUUCCGGGAACGGUUUGGCUGUGACUGGCUGCAGUACCGGAACCACCUGGAGACCUCUGGGAGCUCCCUUCCAGCUGCCGCCGAGAUGCCUGCCCUCUGCACAUCUCCCCGGGACUCCCCGGGCCCGGGGACUGUACCCGGCACCCCACCCCCAGAGGAGGAAGCCAGAAGCCCCAAGGAAUCUCCACAGAACAUGUCAGAGGAUGUAGGGCUACAGCCACAGCAAGAAGGGGAAAAGGAACAGGAACUGGAGGAGGAAGGGGAGCAGGAGCAGAAGGAAGUGGAAGCGGAGCUCUGCCGUCCCAUGCUGGUGUGUCCCCUGGAAGGGCCGGAGGGUGUGCGGGGCAGGGAGUGCUUCCUCCGGGUCACCUCGGCCCACCUGUUUGAAGUGGAACUUCAAGCAGCUCGAACCCUGGAACGACUGGAGCUCCAGAGUCUGGAGGCAGCAGAGCUGGAGCCUGAUCCCCAGACCCAGGGAGACCCAGUGCCUGAGGGCUCACGUCUGCUCCCUGGGGCCCCCAUCCUCGUUCUGCGCUUCUCCUACAUUUGCCAAGACCGACAGUUGCGACGCUACGUGGUGCUCGAGCCUGACGCCCAUGCAGCCGUCCAGGAGCUGCUUGCUGUGCUGACCCGGGUCACUGCCACGGCUCGGAGUCAGCUUGGGGAAGCCAGGGACCUGCAUGGGGGGAGAUUCCAGUGUCUGCGUUGCGGCCAUGAGUUCAAGCCAGAGGAGCCCCGGUUGGGACUAGACAGUGAGGAGGGCUGGAGGCCUCUUUUCCAAAAGACAGAGUCUCCUACUGUGUGUCCAAACUGUGGGAGCGACCAUGUGGUUCUCCUGGCUCAGUGUGUGGGAGCCCCCAGUAGGGAGCAAACACAGGAAGAGCAAUUUCCAGCUACCUCUCAGUCCCCCAGCCCUGGCAGCGGCCCUCCUGGCCACAGUGACCAGCACACCAGGACUGACGGCCUCCCUCCCCAGCCACUGACCUCCCGUGGCCGCAGCAGUUGGAGCCUCAGUCCCCCCCCUGAACGCCAUGGCCUCCGCUCCGUGGACCACCGGCUCCGACUCUUCCUGGAUGUCGAGGUGUUCAGAGAUGCCCACGAGGAGUUCCAGUGCUGCGUCAAGGUGCCAGUACUGAUGACAGGCCACUCUGGAGAGUUUCUGUGCCUUGUGGUUGUGUCUGACCAUAGGCUUUACCUGUUGAAGGUGACAGGUGAGAUCUGCGGGCCUCCCGCUAGCUGGCUACAGCCCACCCUAGCCAUUCCCCUGCAGGACCUGAGUGGCAUAGAGCUGGGCCUGGCCGGACAGAGCCUGCAGCUGGAGUGGGCGGCUGGGACGGGCAGCUGCGUGCUGCUGCCCCGAGAUGCCAAGCAUUGCCGGGCCUUCCUGGAAGAGCUCAUUGAUGUCUUGAAGUCUCUGCCCCCUGCCUGGAGGAACUGCAUCAGUGCCACUGAGGAGGAGGUGACCCCACAGCACCGGCUCUGGCCAUUGCUGGAAAAAGACUCUUCCUUGGAAGCCCCCCAGUUCUUUUACCUUCGGGUGUUCCUGGUUGAAGGCUCAUCUACGUGUCCUGUGUCUCUGCUGCUGACGCUGUCUACCCUGUACCUGUUAGAGGAGGGCCCUGCAGGGUCCCAGGCAGAACCCCCUCUUCCAGCAGCAUCUGGUGAAGCCUCUGAGAAGGCCCCUCCCUCGGGGCCAGGCCCUGCUGUAUGUGUCAGGGAGCAGCAGCCACUCAGCAGCCUAAGCUCUGUGCUGCUCUACCGCACGGCCCCGGAGGACCUGCGGCUGGCCUUCUACGACGAGGUAUCUCGGCUGGAGAGUUUUUGGGCGCUCCGUGUUGUGUGUCAGGAGCAGCUGACAGCCCUGCUGGCCCGGAUCCGGGAGCCCUGGGAGGAGCUGUUUUCCAUCAGACUCCGGACUGCAACUCAAGAGGCUCCAGACCUUGACCGAUGAGGCUUCCAUACGGACACUGGCCCUGACCUCAGGAGCCACGCUGCAGAUGUUCGCUCUGCUGGUCUCUGGCUCUGGCUUCCAGACCCUGGCUGUGGACUUCUCCAGGCUUUGGGCAUUGACCAGAGAGGCCCCAAGUGACCUUGGCUGAAGGGCAGGGAGGAAUGGCUGGCCCGGGGGGCAGGCUGAGUGGCCAAUAGGAAUGCAUCCUCUGUACUUUUUCUCAGGUAUCAAUAAAGUGGUUUCCAUUCCAGA